AUUCACUUCCAAAAGUCUCCCCCAGGAAAAUUACACUUCCCAAAACCCUCACUCCUCUCUUUCUCUCUCUCUGGUUUAGCGAUUUCAAAGCAGAGUGGAAAGUAGCAGGGGAGGCAGAGAGAGAGAGAGAGAGAUGAACGACCUGUCGAAUGCUUUGAGAGAGCAGGAUAAGAAGCGGCAUUGUUGGAGCUGUAAACCAAUCCCAAGAGUAGCAAUCUUGGUCCUCGUCCUUCUCUUCCUCCUCGGCCUCUUUCUCUCCAUUUUCAUCCUUGUGGUUGUUCACAACGCCGCCUUCUUCCUCUGUCUCCUCUCUCUCUCCUCACUCGUCGCCUCAUUCCUCCUCUGGAACACUCUCAACUGGAGACGAAAAGCUGACCUCCUUCUCUACCUUCAUUCCUUCCCCGACUCCGACCUCAGCUUCGCUCCUCACGCCCACCUUGUCAAGAUCACUGGGAUUGUCAUGUGUGGUAGUGCCUCCCUAGAAUCUUCAUAUGAAAAGGCUUCUAGAUGUAUUUAUACUUCUACUGUUUUGUAUGAAUAUGGAGAAUUGGGAUUGAAGCCUGUUGAUGAUAGCAGGGCAUGCUUCCAGUGGAGAUUAGCAUAUUCUGAGAGGUUCUCCACCGACUUCUACAUAACUGAUAGUAAGUCAGGUAUUAGAGCUCUGGUGAAAGCUGGACCUGAUUGUAAAGUGAUUCCCCUUAUCAUCGAGAGCAGACUUGUUACCACUACAAGAAAAUGCAACACUCUAUCUACUCACUUGAGGAAAUGGUUGAGAGACAGAAACCUCUCAGCUGAAGCCCGUCUAUUGCGUCUAGAAGAAGGUUUGCAUGAGUUUUGGCAGGUAUGUAAAGGAAGGCAGCGUCGUGAGUGUAAUCGGAAUGUUGCAUAGAAGUAAUGACAUUGUCACAAUUGUUCAGCCACCAGAGCUCAUCUCUACAGGAUGUUUAUGGAAAAAGCUGCUUCUUCCCAUUGAUGUUGAUGGACUUAUCGUGGGCCCCCCAGGGUGACUGGUCCGUUGACCGAUCCCAACUCUGUGCCACAUCUGCAACAGUAACACCUGAUCCAUGGUAGAAAUACAGAAAGAAUUUAGAUUUUUUUUUUUUUUUUGAAAUUUAACUCCCCAAUUCCUUUUAUUUUAUUCAUUUCAAAUUUGUUUCAUCAUUCUGUGCUGCCAGUGCCACCAGUCCUGGAAACAGUUUUCUUUUGGUUUCUUCUCAACGGUUCCAGAAAGCAGUUAUAUAUGGUUUCGUGUCAAUCAUUGAGACUCAAUGUAUUGACUUAAUCCCAUGAACUUGAUACAUCUGCUUGAAACUGUUGUUGCCAAAUGUUGCCAAAUGUUUUUAACUCUUGUGCUGAAUUUAUCUUUUGUAAACAGUUUAGGGUUGGUAGUUGUUUGGCGGGCGCCAAAUUUUUUUGACAUUCACAGUUGUCUAAACCUCUGAGCAAAAUCUUCAAUUGGUGAUGCAGUGAGUGACCUCUUGUCCUUCCUUUUGUAACUUCUUGUGUAGGCCUAAGGUGAUGCUGCUGCCGAAUUGCCUGAGCACCACAUCUAAUUGUGUAUUUAUUUGAAUUUUUGUUCUCCUUUUGGUUGAGCAUGUUAAUGAAAUAUUUCUAAUAUUUGCUUCAACA